UCUUCCUCAGAUAUAAAGCGGCUGCUCCGAGAGCAGAGACAGAAACAGAUCAGAGCUCAGUAGAAGAUCCAGAGAAGAAGAGGAGGACGAAGAUCAGUUCUCAGAGGAAGACAUAGAAGAAGAAGAUUAAUUCUCUUCACAGCACAGACCAGUCAACACACAACUGAAACCGCGUACAGUGAAAAUGUCUGCAGCUAAAGGCGCAGCGAUCGGCAUCGACCUGGGCACCACCUACUCCUGUGUGGGGGUUUUCCAGCACGGAAAAGUAGAAAUCAUCGCCAAUGACCAGGGCAACAGGACCACCCCCAGCUAUGUGGCCUUCACUGACACCGAGAGGCUGAUCGGAGAUGCAGCCAAGAACCAGGUGGCUCUGAACCCCAGCAACACUGUGUUUGAUGCCAAGAGACUGAUUGGAAGAAAGUUUGAUGAUUCAGUGGUGCAGGCUGACAUGAAGCACUGGCCCUUCAAGGUGGUUUCAGAUGGAGGGAAGCCCAAAAUUCAGGUGGAGUACAAAGGAGAGAACAAAGCCUUCUACCCUGAGGAGAUCUCCUCCAUGGUCCUGGUGAAGAUGAAGGAGAUCGCUGAGGCCUACCUCGGCCACAAGGUGUCCAACGCAGUCAUCACGGUCCCAGCGUACUUUAACGACUCCCAGCGACAGGCCACUAAAGACGCAGGUGUCAUUGCAGGACUCAACGUCCUGAGGAUCAUCAACGAGCCCACGGCGGCCGCCAUCGCAUACGGUCUGGACAAAGGCAAGUCAGCAGAAAGAAAUGUCCUGAUCUUUGACCUGGGAGGGGGCACCUUCGACGUGUCCAUCCUGACAAUCGAAGACGGCAUCUUUGAGGUGAAGGCCACAGCUGGAGACACUCACCUGGGCGGAGAGGACUUUGACAACCGCAUGGUCAACCACUUUGUGGAGGAGUUCAAGAGGAAACACAAGAAGGACAUCAGCCAGAACAAGAGAGCCCUGAGGAGGCUGCGCACAGCUUGUGAGAGGGCCAAGAGGACCCUGUCCUCCAGCUCCCAGGCCAGCAUCGAGAUCGACUCCCUGUUUGAGGGCGUGGACUUCUACACCUCCAUCACCAGGGCUCGCUUUGAGGAGCUGUGCGCCGACCUGUUCAGGGGAACACUGGAGCCGGUGGAGAAAGCCCUGAGGGACGCCAAAAUGGACAAGGGGCAGAUCCACGACGUGGUCCUGGUGGGAGGCUCCACCCGAAUCCCCAGAAUCCAGAAACUCCUGCAGGACUUCUUCAAUGGCCGGGAGCUGAACAAGAGCAUCAACCCAGACGAGGCGGUGGCUUAUGGUGCUGCCGUCCAGGCCGCCAUCCUCACAGGUGACACCUCGGGCAACGUUCAGGACCUGCUGCUACUGGAUGUGGCGCCUCUGUCCCUGGGUAUCGAGACAGCUGGAGGAGUCAUGACGUCCCUGAUCAAACGCAACACCACCAUCCCCACUAAACAAACACAGACCUUCACCACCUACUCUGACAACCAGCCUGGGGUCCUGAUCCAGGUCUACGAGGGGGAGAGAGCCAUGACCAAGGACAACAACCUGCUGGGCAAGUUUGACCUGACAGGACUCCCACCAGCCCCACGAGGAGUCCCUCAGAUUGAAGUCACCUUCGACAUCGAUGCCAACGGCAUCCUGAACGUGUCUGCGGUGGACAAAAGCACCGGCAAAGAGAACAAGAUCACCAUCACCAACGACAAGGGCCGACUGAGCAAAGAAGACAUUGAGAAGAUGGUGCAGGACGCAGAGAAAUACAAAGCUGAGGACGAGCUUCAGAGGGACAAAAUUGCUGCCAAGAACUCCCUGGAGUCCUACGCCUUCAACAUGAAGAGCAGCGUGCAGGACGAGAACUUGAAGGGCAAAAUCAGUGAGGAGGACAAGAAGAAGCUGAUUGAGAAGUGCGACGAGACCAUCAGCUGGCUGGAGAACAACCAGCUGGCUGAUAAAGAGGAGUACCAACACAAGCAGAAAGAGCUGGAGAAAGUGUGCAACCCCAUCAUCAGCAAGUUGUACCAGGGAGGGAUGCCUGCAAGUAGCUGUGGAGAGCAGGCACGAGCCGGCUCCCAGGGUCCAACUAUUGAGGAGGUGGACUAAAGUGGUCUAAAUGUGGACUUUGUGAUCACUGGGACUGUUUAACAUUAAGUUAUGAUGAUUUUCACUCUAUAUGUGAUAAGAUUCAUCUCUGCCUCAUGCUGACAUCUUUGGUUUGAAACACUAAUGAAAUGACCUAGCUCUAUUAUUAAUAUUGUUGCCUCUACUAAAGAUCAUGUGUUGUUUAUAACUUGUACAGAUCAUCAGACUGUAAAUAUAUAGUUCAUCUUUGCACUGCUGGACAUUGCAAUAAAAAAUUGUCUUUA